ACAGAUGCUGGGCAACACCCACAAAACCCAAAACACUUACGCUAUGCUACAAGGCAUGGCAAGAACUCUCAACAACCACAUCGCACCCCUAUAAACUCCAUUGGGAGACAGACUGUGGGACAGUGCUGACGGACUGCGACUGGCUACGCGCCCUCAACGGCCUCUCUAAAUGGACAAAGUGCUACACGCACGUUGAGGCCCACAAAAAACUCCUCUACCGCUGGUACAUGACCCCACAGAGACGUCACCGCAUAUACCCCAAUGCGCCCAAUACUUGCUGGAGAUGCAAUGCAACUACAGGAACCUUGGAGCAUCUCUGGUGGUCUUGUGGCAGUAUCCAACCCCACCCCCCUACCAAGUUUUUGCCCUACCAUAGGGCUACCCUUUUAUACACCUACGCACCCAUUAAAAUGAGGCAUGACUCCAGCACUUCCCAACCCGCAAACUUGGGACUAAUUGACGUAAAGAACCACCACAGGCCGUACGGCUUACAAUAA